CCGGCAACCGGAACUUCCAGUUGUGGUUACGCCCAGUAAAACGCCUGUAGACUUUAGACAGAUAAUUGAUUCGUGGUAGAGGAAAAAACCUCAUACUUUGAAGCCCAUGUGCGCAUGUUUAUGUGUAAUACUUGGAAUAUAUUGUUUACGUCGCAAUGCAAUCAUAACACAAUUUCCGGGUUGUGUGUAUUUUCGGGAGAAAUUUACAUCAUUGUGUAUACAAACUUUCCACGGCUACUGAGGAGUCCAGCUGUAUAUCAUCCCAGACACACUAAGAGUAUAGAGUGUCCGUAUUUAAGUUUUCUAAGGACGAGAUGAAAUCGGACAUUUUUAGUCCUGGACCACUACCUCAGAUUCGCCUACUGGAUAUGCUUGCUGUCCUGUUUAUGAUCUGUGGUAUGGCCACUAGGACUUUAAGUAAAACCUGUCUUCCAGUAAAUUGUUCUCCAGGUUUUCAGAUUAUUUCCUGUGACCUGGAUGGAGAGCGUGAUAAAUGUGAACUCUGUCCACAGAAUAAAGUACAGCUUUACAAUAUAUCCUCAAGGGGUGAUAAAGUAUUUCACAGUUGUUUCAGCGCUUACCCUGACAAAUGUAAAAAGAAAGGGGUUAUCAGCAGCCGUUGGAUGUGGGAUGUUUUAAACUGCAGCCAACCUUGUGAUUGUGACGUUGCCAAUUGCUAUGCGGGAAAGACUGGUUGUGACUGUCAAAAGUACGACCCUUGCGAUGUCAACCAGCAGAUGAACGAAAAAACUGGGGCGUGCGAACCAUGUCCAUCGAAUAAAUACAAAGACGAACGAGGUUGCUAUCCAUGCCUAUAUGACUUGAACGGCACACGUACCCAGCCCGUACAGAUUACAUCUCCUGUUACAGAGAUACACACAACAAGGGAUACUGACAGGAGGAGUAUAUCUACCCAGGACACACCUUAUGUUCCUCCGAAACUGAUAAGGUCUCCUAUAAACGCCACGACAAAAGAGAUGCCCAAUUCCGGUGAUGCUAGUUGUGUCAACAUCAUUGUUGUUAUCAUCUUGGGCAGCUUGCUAUUUCUAACGGUUGCUGCACUCUUCAUCAUAAUGUGUAAACGUCGACGGGACUCCAGAACCUCUCAAUUAUCCACAGAUACCGAGGAGAACAAACCCAUUUCCAUCACAUUAAUACAGGAAAAUUCGCUGCUCUUAAACAAUAAGGACAAUAAUGCCAAUAUCGCUCGUGAACUCGAGACAGCCUAUCAGUGCACAGAGGUCAGUGAACUCGACGCCAAGAGAGUAGCCGCAGAGGCGCCAGAUAGCGGUUUUUGGUCACGGCGUGAAUGUUCCACUUCAUCAUAUCCCACUUCACACCCGAAGAACUCCUGCCAAUCUCAAAAUGGUGGCAUUUCCGGUCAUUGUGAAAACCUGUCCUAUUUACUUACCGAAACACCUUCUCCGACAGAGCAUGACGAAGAAUCUACUCAUGUUAAGACCAUUUCGGGAGAUGAUUGAUUUAUUUCUACCGGUGUUUUAUAGUUUAAGUAGUAUAGUUAGUAACGGCACUGCAUUGCGGUAUGACACUUGGUAUAAGUGCUGGUUUACUUAGAUGUUUCGAUUUUUCUUGGCGGAGUGAUUGAUAUGAUAUUCUUCGAAUCGUGAUGGCACGUUUUUAUUUUGAUUUUAAUAUUGUAAAUUGAUGUAGACUGUUCUGAAAGAUAACACUAUUCUUUAU